AUGAUCAAAGGUAGCUGCGCUUGCGGGCGCAUCCAGUAUCAAACCCAGGCCCAACCUCUGUCCGUCGAUGCCUGCCACUGCGGCACUUGCCAGAAGGCGGGCGGCCCCUUCUUGGGAUUUGCAGACUUUCCAGUCUCGGAGCUGCAGUGGACUCAUCAGCCACCAGACAUGUGGACGCGCAGUGAGAUUGCAGAUCGAGGGUACUGCAAUGUCUGCGGCUCGAGUUUGUCGAUGCAGUACCGGUUUCAGGAUGUGAUUGGGAUAACGUUAGGGACGAUCCAGGCAGGGACGUCUCUGCCUCGAUUGGGAACGCACAUCUUCUUGAAGGAAAAGGCGCCGUGGUUUGUCCUUCCAGACGACGGUGCACAGAGAUGGGACGAAUUCCCUCCCGAAUUCCAGCAGAAGCUGGAUCAAUGGAACCAGGGGCGGCGGAAGUCCGAACGUCCAGAGUAG